AGCUUUACCUACACAAUUUUACGACAGAUCAAUUUGACCACUCUCAUUCGACGCAAAUUUUUGUUUGUUUCGGGCGUGUUGAAUGUUAAGAUUCAAAUGUUGUUUCGAUAAUUUAUUUUUUAAGAUUUUUAUUUAAUUUUUUGUUUUAUUUGUGUUGUUUGUUGUGUACAACAAGAACAAUGAAUGUGCAUACGGCGAUCGAUCUGACUACAAGCAUUCUCGCUGAAGAACUGCAAAUGUCUGCUGAAAUAGAGCGGCUGCAGCAACAGAAUGCCGAGUUCAAUGAGAUUGAAGGGAUCGACGAUCUCUUUAUACAUUACGGUAGAAGCGACCGUCAUUUGCUCGACGAAAUGGUCGCUGAAUUUGGGCUGGAAUGUCCGGAUUUUGACAUUUUCAAUUAUGUCGAUCCGGCAUUGGAUGCUGAACUCGAUUCGGAUGCAGCUGAGGCUCUGAAUGUAAUUGAUUGUGACAUUGAACAAUCAGACAUCAAUUUAAACAGUUUGGCUGAAAGCAGUGAACAAUUGGCAAUGACAAAGCGCCAUUUAAAACAUCAGCAGGAGUUAAUUCUUCAGAUGCAAAAGCAUUUGAACAUUUUGGUUGAUACUCAGGGAAUGAAAUCAGAUCCAUUGGAUGUAAGUGCUCGAACGCACUUUGAAAUUCCAGAAAUUGGUAACGUCGUUACGAAUGAACAAUCACUACUUAGCGACUCCGGUCAAUUGUCAGAAGUUCGAGAAAUUAAGAGUAUGCUGCCAUUUGAAAAAGAAAGCCGAGAAGAAAGCGUUUUAAUCACGCAAUCGAAGGACAGUGUUGCUCUACAUGUGGAACCACAUUCUGUGCCGUUGCACCCAGAAAACAUUCUUAAUCACGGACACUCAUUGCGGUUGAAGGAGGUGCGAAUCGCAUUGAACAGGAAAGUCAAUACGAAAGAAUUUACUUGUCACUUGAUAGACAGCGAGGUUAGGAGAUCCAAUCGAUGUAUUCGCAAAACUGCGAAGGGAAAAGGUCUCCAAAGCGCAAAAAAGUCGUAUCACUAAAGGAGUCGCCUAAUUUAAGCGGCGUGAAGUACACUCUCAAUAGUAGCCAAUGUGCCAUGAUUGGAUGAAGAUGAAGUGAUGCAUAUAGGAAGCGGGAGCCAGUAUUUCAUUAACAGAAUCAUUGAAGUUUUUUGAAGUUUUCAUAUUUAUUGUGUUCACUUGAAGUGAAAAGUCCUCAGCUAGAGCUUGUAGCGAGCGAUUUAAUUUAUAUUUACAAGCGU